AUGCUGGAAAACGAUGCUAAAGUGAAUGAACUGGAAAAAUUGUACAAAGCUGUUCCUACUAAACUAUGGACUGGAAAUAACGAUGCAGCAAUUGAAGGGAAACUAGUUGAUAUUAGCAGUAGGGAAGCUCCCCUUUUAACCAGUCAAACUUUCUCUUCUCUGACUGAUAACAACGACGAUAAUGAUUGCAUGACACUGCAAUUUGGAGAUACUGAAAUGUUGCGAAUGGAUAGUUGCGCUUCACUAAAUGGUUAUAUUUGUGAGAUGAAAAAAGACGGAACAUCAGUAUUGUACGAUCCUCCAAUUGAAGAAAUUAAAGGAGGUUCCUUCUCAAAAACUAGUCAGUAUACGUUAUGGAUACUUUUGUUUUUAAUUGGCUUGCUAUUCUUGACAAUUCUCGCCUUCCUGUGUUUCAUCUGCUGGAAACAAAAAGACGCUCGAGUUCACACAGAAAACGCAACCAUUCAGCAGAAUGCAUUCAUGAGCGACUCUGCGCCUCGUGCGGACCAACCAAGAGUAGCCGCACCUGGACAAAAUACCGUGCAUAUUGCAAAUGACACUAACAGAACAGCUCGCAGUUCUCCUGUUGUUGUACCCAUUGAAAAUAAUAGACCACCACCGAAGAAAUUUCCCAUGGCUCCCGUGCCAAACAGACUACCGAUGCAUGAAGAACCAUCUGGGUCUGAACCGGCUGUGGAGACUGCGAUCCUUGGUGGUGACAAUGACAUUGAAACUGUGAGUGCGGCUCCACAGCCACAGCCAAGAACACUCCCACCAAUGCCAACGAGAGAAGGAACAUUCCAAAGUAUCAAUACAAGAGAUGGUAGCACGAUGAGAACCCGAAGGAACAAAGAACUGUUCGAACGACCCAUCAUGCACGUCCUGGACAAUGUCUCUGCAAUAUCAUUGGACGAGUUUUGGAGCAACAAAAAACCCUGA